AUGUCUGCAUCACCUGAGCUUCUAUCAUUACCCCCAUCAGCUACGGUUGAUUCAGCAGCUGAUCACAUACACCAUUUCAAGUACCAAAAAAGCAGAAGAGGUCUACACGCAUACGGAAGUGAAGGAAAGCUUUCUCAUUAUGUUAAUAGUCGAAGCGCAAUUGAUGCCUCUUUGAAGCAAUCAUAUAGCUUUUAUGCUGGAUUUGAUGGAACGACGGGGCUACAGGCAUCCGGAGCAUACAUUUUUCGUCCAAGUGGUACAUAUCCUAUUGGCUCGCAGAAGCAGAUCACUAGAGUGUACAAAAAUAAGGAACAUGCUGAAGUCGAAUUCACUGUGGGUCUCAUACCUAUUGGUGAUGGAGUUGGGAAAGAGAUUGCGACCAAGAUCUCAACCACCAUAAAGAGUAACCAAACAUUUUACACUGAUUCUAACGGUCGAGAUUUCAUUGAACGGAUUCGAGACUAUAGAGCAGACUGGGAUCUUGAAGUGAAUCAACCUAUUGCAGGAAACUAUUAUCCUAUCAAUCUUGGAAUUUACCUAAAAGAUGAAAAAAGUGAGCUCUCGGUUUUGGUAGAUAGAUCCGUUGGUGGAUCAAGCAUUGUUGACGGUGAAUUGGAGUUGAUGCUUCAUAGGAGAUUGCUCUAUGAUGAUGGAAAAGGUGUCGCAAAAGCUAUAAAUGAAGCAGUUUGUGUCGGUAACGACUGUCGAGGAUUAGCUAUAAGCAUUUCUUUUUAUUAUUAAUGCCAAUAAAUGUCGACGUAUUGAUGGGUCAAGUUUGGUAUCUAUACUAUCUAUAAAGUUUGAGGGUGAAAACAAAGAAGUCGUCUUUGCUCUGGAAGAAGCGAAAACCGUUUCAGAAUCUUUGAAGUCGAGUCUUCAUUCUUGCAACAUGGAGAUAGAAGAUUUAAAGAGAUGUUGUGAAAGAGUCUUGAUUCUUUGAAGUCUUGAUUCUUGGAACAAGGAGAUGUUGUGAAAGAAGCUGGUGCUGCUUUUGAUUAUUAGGAAUCCGCUCUUCGGAAGUUUGACGGUCCAUUUUUCCUUGCAGAGAUCAGUUUGGUUUGGGCAGAGGAUGGUGAUAGCGAUGCUUGGCAUUGUGUGCAGACUCUAAGUUAAUCAAACAGUGAUGAUCUCACCAUUAAGGUGUGGGGAGUGGACAUUAUAAGAUUACAAUCUGUCCGGUUAUCAUGAUCGGACUAUUUUCUCAGUCCAUUGGUCAAGUGACAAACGAAGUGAAGGUAUGUAUAAU